AUGAAGAUUAAAAGCUAUGGCAGUCCGCAGGGGCUUGUUAUUGUUCUCUUUCCCUACGUUCCCACGGAAGGCGGCCUGUCGCGCGCUAACACACUUGUACUGCAACAAAUCGCACUGCUGCAGGUCAGCACGGGCGUUACGCUGCGCGAGAACAACCUGAAGGAAAUUGAGGGCGGCAACAUUCUCGAGUCUCAGGGCAUGCUGGUGGGCAGCCGGAAGUCCCUGCUGGCGAGCCCCGAACUGCUGGAUGUGGGUCUGUGCGUGUCGGGAUGGGGAUGGGGAUGGGGAUGGAGAUGGAGAUGGAGAUGGGUACACUUCUUGUGUGGGUCUGUACGUGUCGGGAUGGGGAUGGAGAUGGGGAUGGAGAUCGUGCAUGAGCUGAUUGAGCGCUUCGACGGGCACCUGAAGGCGGAGCAGUACUACUCGGUGAUCGCCAACAUGCGGGGCAACUCCCCUGAGCAGGGCCCCACCAUUUGCAACGUCUACAACCGGAGCCCCCAGGCUGAAGGCGCCAAGCAGCACUUUUACGCGGCUACCAUUUGUGUACGGAAGAAGCAGCUGUACGGAGCAGUCAAGGCGCUGCAAAAGUUGGGCGGUAGCGGCGUGCUCGUCCAACCCAUGACGUACAUUUUCGACGAGGAGCCAGCGCGUUGGACAAAGCUGCUGACUACCCUCGGCCUGGACCCUGCUCGUUACAACGGUAACGGUAACGGCAACGACAACUACAUUGACGUGUUGCGGCACGGUGUUCCAGCAUUCCCGGCCUUCUUCUGGCUGGUCUCUGUUCCCGUUUGUUCCUCCUGGCCCUCGUGUCUAAAUAGGGGUUCCCGUUACGUCACCUCCCUUGGGGAGAAGGGUAGUAACGCGACUCCAGAGGGUAUGGGUGCCGCAAACCUAAGGAGAUAUUGCCUUCAGUGCCGCAUUCAGCAUGCAGCCAGGAACGCACUUGGCCGGGUGGCUUAGGUGCUGGCGAUGUACCCCGAAGCUUCUUAAAUUCUCCCCGCGUCGAAAUCCCCAGGGGGAGGGGGAGGGGGAGGAGGGCGCGUGGUCGCUCAGCGGUGUUGAGGGGAUGUGGUGAUGGGGGCUUUAGUGGUGAUGGGCCACCCGCCCCAACGCGAUGGCGUCACAUGUUGUGCGGAUGAAGGCACGGGGGAAGAACAAGGCCGGCUGCUGCGUACGAGUACGAGCACGAGCACGCAUAAAUACGGAAAGGUGUGGCAUGAUUAUAUUGUUUGUUAGCAGUAGUGAUUGUAAUUGACUCGAUUC